GUUUUUUGAUAUUGCGUUUUUGCUUUACGUUCUUGAUCUUUUACUCGGACGAUCUCUGAGAGGGAGGAACACGAGAACUUGACUUCCGAGAAAAAGUCUUUCUGCAGAAGAAACCGAAGUAGUGAACUUUCUCAAAUCGACCAAAAAGAAUGUGUCCCUUCGAAGAUCGUCGUGCUCCACCUGGGGUAUACUGGACUCCGCCUCCGGCGAGAAGAACAGAAAAUGCGGCGGCGAUGCCGAUGCCGUUGUCGGAGAGGAGAAGACCACCGUCAUCUGAGAAACGCGAUCCAUUUCACAUCGUCCACAAGGUUCCUUCUGGCGAUUCUCCUUACGUCAGAGCCAAACAUGCUCAGUUGGUGUAUAAAGAUCCGAACCGAGCUAUAUCACUGUUCUGGGCUGCAAUAAACGCUGGUGAUCGUGUUGAUAGUGCGUUGAAGGACAUGGCUGUUGUUAUGAAACAGCUUGACCGGUCUGAUGAAGGCAUCGAAGCCAUCAAGUCCUUUCGUUAUCUCUGUCCUUUUGAGGCUCAAGACUCCAUUGAUAACUUGCUUCUCGAGCUUUACAAAAAGUCGGGGAGGAUUCAAGAAGAAGCUGAGUUGCUUGAGCACAAGCUGAAAGUGAUUGAACAAGGAAUGGGGUUUGGUGGUAGGAUCGUGAGAGCAAAGAGGGUUCAAGGGAAACACGUCACCAUGACUGUAGAGCAAGAGAAAGCAAGGGUACUAGGAAACUUGGGAUGGGUUCAUUUACAGCUACAUAACUAUGGGAUUGCAGAGCAGCAUUACAGGAGAGCUUUGUGUUUGGAACCAGACAAAAACAAACAGUGCAACCUGGCCAUCUGCUUGAUGCGUAUGGGUCGAAUCCCAGAAGCUAAAUCUCUGAUUGAUGCUGUUAGAGAUUCAUCUGCAGAGAUUGAGUCCGGAGAUGAACCGUUCACGAAGUCUUACGACAGAGCCGUUGAGAUGCUAGCAGAAGUGGAAUCUAAAGAUCCAGAAGAUGGUCUUUCGGAUAAGUUCUACGCCGGAUGUUCAUUUGCAAACGGAACAAUGAAGGAAAACAAAGCUCCUCGAAACGCAAACAGGAACCACUCACAUGUUCCUCCUUCUCCAGCAUCUGUUAGACAAAACUCUGCAGGCUUGUUUACACAACCACGAGGAUGCAAAGGGGAUCAGAAGAAUGGGGUGUCUGAGGAAGAGACAGGAGGUGCAGCUCGAAAGCUACUGUUUGACAAACCUAUUGGUUCUCAACGUGUUAAGCUUUUGAAGAGUGGAGAGGGAGAACAACACGUGAAGGGAAAGAAGCUGGACCAGAACAUGAUUCAAGAUCUCCAUGAAUACAUCAAAGAUACUGCAGACUGUUUGAAGAGUGGAUCUAAGAAAAGCUGGGCAGAUAUGGCCGAAGAGGAAGAUGAAGAAAGUGUGCAGUCACAGCUUAAAACCGCAAAGAUCUAAUUGUUUAUACAGUUUUUUGGUCGGAGAAGUUGUAUAGGCUUGACAUUGAAAUGUUUGCAUAGGCAUAUGAGAUUUUACAUUCCAGAACAAA